CUUCGGAGUAUUUCACAUAGGAACAUUUUUUUUUUGUCUUCCUUUGGACAUAGCCAUUUGUCCUGAAUGGCCUUUCAAGAUCUCCUAAACCAAGCUGGCAGCCUGGGAAGAUUCCAGAUCCUUCAGAUGACUUUCAUUUUGAUCUGCAACAUCAUAGUGUCUCCUCAUACUCUGUUGGAGAACUUCACUGCAGCCAUUCCCAGCCAUCGCUGCUGGGUCCCCAUCCUUGACAAUGACACUGCCCCUGAUAAUGACAGUGGGAUCCUGAGCCAAGAUGACCUCCUGAAGGUCUCCAUCCCACUGGACUCCAACUUGAGACCAGACAAAUGCCGGCGCUUCGUCCAGCCACAGUGGCAUCUCCUACAUUCUAAUGGCACCUUCCCCAGUGUGACAGAGCCAGACACAGAGCCCUGUGUGGACGGCUGGGUGUAUGAUCAAAGCACCUUCCUCUCCACCAUUGUUACUGAGUGGGACCUGGUGUGUGAAUCUCAGUCACUGGAUUCAAUAGCUAAGUUUUUAUACUUGGCUGGUGUAUUACUAGGACAUAUCCUAUGUGGCUGCUUAACAGACAGGUUUGGGAGGAGGAUAAUCUUGAUAUGUGCUUUACUGCAAAUGGCUGUCACUGCAACCUGUGCAGCUUUGUCUCCCACCUUCCUCAUCUACUGCUCACUGCGCUUCCUGACAGGGAUAUCUGUCUCAACUAUUGUGACAAAUAGCGGCUUGCUCAUGAUAGAGUGGACAAAACCUAAAUUCCAAGUUAUGGCAACAUCACUCUUAUUAUGUUCUGGAGCGAUUGGAAAUAUCCUAUUGGCAGGCUUGGCUUUUGCCAUUCGAAAGUGGCACCACCUCCAUCUGGCAGUAUCUGUACCAAUAUUUCUCUUUCUUGUACCCACAAGGUGGCUGUCAGAGUCAGCUCGGUGGCUGAUUGUGACCAACAAACCCCAGAAGGGCUUAAAGGAACUUAGAAAAGUUGCACACAUAAAUGGAAUGAAGGAUUCUGGAGACAUCCUAACCAUGGAGGUUGUGAGAACCACCAUGAAGGAGGAGCUGGAGGCCUCGCAGACAAAACCUUCCCUGUGGGACUUGUUCCGUACACCCACCCUGCGCAAGCGGAUAUGUCUCCUGUCCCUUCUGAGAUUUGUGAUAUGGACGUCUGCGUUUGGCCUGCUGAUCAACUUCCAGUACCUGAGGACUAACGUCUUCCUAUUGCAGUGCUUUUCUGGUGCAAUAACCAUUCCAGCCAAUUUACUUGGAUUUUUUUUAGUGAAUCACAUGGGUCGUAGAAUAAGUCAACUGUUUAUCAUAUCCCUGCUUGGAAUUUCCAUUUUGGCCAUAAUAUUUGUGCCUUAUGAAAUGUGGAUCCUACGUUUGGUUUUGGCAACUUUGGGAGGAGCAUUUUCUUCUAGCUCUGCUGGCAUUAGUUUUAUUUAUGCAAACGAGCUACUCCCCACCGUAAUCAGGGCAACUGCUUUAGGCGUCACUGGAAUUGCUGGUAGUGUUGGGGCAGCCCUGUCUCCUCUGCUUAUGAUCCUCACCACAUACGAUGCCUCCUUGCCCUGGAUCAUCUAUGGGGCCCUUCCCUUCCUUGCCUGUCUUGUUGUCCUUCUUCUUCCUGAGACUAAGAACCAGCCUCUGCCUGACUCCAUCCAAGAUGUGGAAGAUGAGUGA